AUGUGGCUCAUUGGUUCGCCUAUGGAAGUUAUGAUGGAAGAGCGCAUGUCACCUUCCGCACGUUUCGUCAGAAGUCCGGUGAACACAUCCCGAGUUCACAGCAUUGAAGCAAUACUGGGAUUUAAAGAUGAAAACAUUUUUCAUCAGACAGUCUCGUACAACAGUUCGGGUAAAUUACAUGUGAAAGAUUGCGAGGGAAAAGGGAAUGAGAGUAUGUCCGCACUCAAGAAAAAACAUCACACAGACCAUUUUGAAAGUGUUUGUUGCUCGAGCAGUUCGGGUGCCCCGGCUAGUCCUGACUCACUUGAGGGGGACAGUAAACUUUCUGAUGAUGAGAAUCCCAAGAAAAAGCACAGGCGGAACAGGACGACGUUCACCACCUUUCAGCUUCACGAGCUGGAAAGAGCAUUUGAAAAGUCCCACUACCCUGACGUGUACAGUCGAGAGGAACUUGCCCUUAAAGUUAAUCUACCGGAAGUUCGAGUGCAGGUGUGGUUCCAGAACCGUAGGGCAAAGUGGCGACGCCAGGAGAAGCUGGAAGUCAGCGCCAUCAAACUCCAGGACAGCGUCCUGUCUUUUAGCCGCUCUCCUCCACACUCCCUGGGCUCAGGGCUGCAGCUGGAGCCCUGGCUUAGUACCCCCAUAUCCACCUCCACCACCCUGCAGUCUCUCCCCGGCUUUAUCAGCCCCCCGCAAGGCCUUCCCGGCAGUUAUACCCCCCCACAGAACUUUCUUAACCCAUCCUCUACCCUCGGACACAACCUGCCCCAUUUAGGCACAGCCAUGUGCCCUCCACCAACUUACCAGUGCUCUGGGUUCAUGGACAAGCUGGUCAUAGAGGGGACAGAUCCCCGAAACUCCAGCAUCGCUUCACUUAGGAUGAAGGCUAAGGAGCACAUCCAGUCUAUUGGGAAGACGUGGUAA